GUCCCUUUGGUUGUCGUUUCAAGUGACGUCUCUGAUAUCUGUACCGCCGACGACACAAGAAACGACGGUCGUUUUCGGAUUAGUCGUUGUGUAGUGUUUCCUCACUGCGUUGAUCGAUUGAAAUCAUAUCUCUUCGGACAUGUCGUGGUCGAAGGCAUGUAGAGGGACUCGAAUUUCCUCAUAUUUAGACAAUCUUCAUCGAACAUCAUUGCACAUUACGAGGACUGUGCCUCUUGUUCCUUGCUCUCGCUAUUACAUUCAUGGUGCUUGUAAAGGCAAUCAGCAUAAUCUCCGAAGCAAGAGAGGGUUUUGGGGAAGCUCUUCUUCGUUUUUCCCUUUGUCUUCCCACUCCGCUACUGCUAAAUCGAUGUUACUUGGUGGUGCUCAUCGCCAGUAUUCUACUCACUCGAUUACAGAAACCAAAUCAAAGAAAAUGCUCUAUUACCUCACUGCUGUUGUCUUUGGCAUGGUUGGGUUAACGUACGCCGCUGUGCCUUUGUAUAGAACCUUCUGCCAAGCUACUGGAUAUGGAGGUACUGUUCAACGCAAAGAGACUGUUGAGGAGAAGAUUGCUAGGCAUUCAGAAUCUGGUACCGUCACUGAAAGGGAGAUUGUGGUGCAGUUCAAUGCUGAUGUUGCAGAUGGGAUGCAGUGGAAGUUCACUCCAACUCAAAGAGAGGUGAGAGUAAAGCCAGGAGAAAGCGCGCUGGCCUUUUACACUGCUGAAAACAAAAGUUCAGCUCCAAUAACCGGAGUCUCCACUUACAAUGUCACUCCCAUGAAGGCAGGAGUUUAUUUCAACAAGAUACAAUGUUUUUGCUUUGAGGAACAGAGACUUCUUCCCGGAGAACAGAUCGACAUGCCGGUCUUCUUUUACAUUGAUCCUGAGUUUGAGACUGAUCCAAGAAUGGACGGAAUCAACAACCUGAUAUUGUCUUAUACUUUCUUCAAAGUGUCCGAGGAAAAUACUACAGAUUCGGUGGACAAGAACAGCUCUGUUCCAGUUCAAGAAACCAAUUAAAAAAGUGUCUACUAUUUUU